CCUCCCUCCACGUAAUAUUCAGGAUGUUUGGGAAGGGGUAUUUUACUUUUAAUAGGAUGGCGUAGUCACAAAGCUUUAAAGAAAUAAAUGAGUGAAUCGUCUAUGGUAAUAGCAACAUACUCCGGACGGGGCACAGUGACGAACUUCACAUCUAUUUUUAAGCCUGCCUGGCAGCAUGUAGGUGCAGAACAGAGCCCAUGACCCUUUCUGCUGCUCUGAACCCAUGGACAUGGCUGCUGUCUCUGUUCCAGUUCACCAUCCGAGCUGUUUUUUCUCCCUAACGAAUACUAUGGGAAGAUAGAGAUGCCUCAAGCUGUUUUGAAGAUUGUGCAAUGAUGCUUGGGAGCCUACCUGCUUUUGCUUGAGUGCUUUCCUCACUCAUAUUUCACAGGAUGCGACAGGAAGGGAAAUACAAUCGAAUCCGACGGCCGUGGUAAAUUUGACUCGAAUUCUCCGUAUGCCCUGGGGCUGAGGUGGGUGCCUCUCAGAUAAGCAAUCUAAUCAGCUUUGCAUUUGUGUCCCAUCUGGAAACAGAUUGUUGCCGGAGUUCACCAGCACCUGAGAAGCAAGCGUCAGUUAAUUCGUUCAGCCGAGGCGAUUUCAUGCCAGAAUGCAGUCCUCAAACAAGAAGGACGAUUGCACUGCCUGUGGCACGCAUAUGCAUGGUGCCUGCCCGGCAGAUCGGCUGCUGCGACAAAGAGCCAUGAACCACCCCAGACAUAUGGGCAAGAUACGGAAGAGGCUGGAGGAUAUCAAGAACCAGUCCCCGAAGUUGACAAAAGUGGACUUCAGCCACAACGAAAGCAUAAGAUUGGCCACCGACGCCUUCUUGGAUGGUGGGACCGACUCUUACCUCCAAACGCUAAGCAGAGAGGGUGAGGUGGAUUUCCUCUCCUCGGUGGAAGCUCAGUACAUCAAGGACAACGCCAGGGAGUCCUACUAUGCACAGGAGUGCCCAGGUGCGGACGGGGCAGCCGUGCCAAAGCAGAACGACGCCGGGUCACUGCCUUCGGGGACCUACUUCCCCACCAUUUCUGACAGCAGCGAGCCGGCUCUGCUCCACACAUGGAUUACAGCAGAGAAGCCCUAUUUAAAGGAAAAAUCCACCGCCACUGUGUAUUUCCAAACAGAGAAGAACAGCAACAUUAGAGACAUCAUACGCCGCUACAUCCACAAGACCACUCAGGUGUUAGCCAUUGUGAUGGAUGUGUUCACAGACACUGAGAUUCUCUGUGACCUCCUGGAGGCAGCGAACAAGCGCAUGGUCUUUGUCUACCUGCUGCUCGAUCACGGCAGUAUCGAUCUUUUCUCGGAGAUGUGCGACAAGCUGCAGAUUUCUGAGGAUCUCUUCAAGAAUAUUUCAGUCCGCAGUGUUACUGGAGAGGUUUACUGUGCCAAGUCAGGCAGGAAAUUUUCAGGACAAAUUCAAGAAAAAUUUCUGAUCUGUGACUGGAGAUAUGUGCUUUCUGGAUCUUACAGCUUCACGUGGCUGUGUGGCCAGGUUCACCGCAACCUCCUCUCCAAGUUCACGGGCCAGGUUGUGGAGCUCUUUGACGAGGAGUUCCGGCACCUGUACGCGCUGUCCAAGCCCGUGCGGGGCCCCAAGACCCCGCCGCGCAGCCUCCCGUUCCUGUUCAGCCGGAGCUGGGCCCGCCCGCGCAGCCUGCCCUGCAGCGACGAGGGAAGCGCCAACACCCUGUCCGACCCCUUCAGCAGCCUGUCCGCUGGGAGCACCCACCAGAGCAAGCAGACCCCAAGAACUCUCAUGUUCAACAGCAACUUCAGCCCCCAGUCACCUCUGCAGCGAGUCAAUUCCUUCCACAGCUAUGUCUCGUUCACGCCCCCGCCUCCACAGAAGGCCAUCCAGCCUAACUACUACCAGCCACACUACGUGGCUGAAAACUCCACAGUUCCCUAUAACAACAUGAACAUUUACAGACCUAUAAGGCUCAGGCAAGAGGAACCGAACAGGACAGGGUUAAGCUCAUCCUGGAGAUGCCUCCACAAAGCUAACCUGUUUGCAUAA